AUGCCGCGCUACAUUGUGGGAGGCUUUCUCGCAGAGGCACUGAACCUCCCAGACUCAGAAAAGGUGGUCCUACGGCUGGGAGGCGGACGCUUCCAAAGUGCGCCGGGGAGGUUUCACCCAUGGAAUGGCACCUGCGUGUGGGAUGAGGAGUUCAGCCUAUGCCUUGAGGCCGCUUCAGACCUUGCAGAAGCUACCAUGCAGGUGGAGGUUCUGUCUCUGGACCGUGGUUGGCUAGGUGGAGAAGUAGCCACACAGCUGGCGACAGGACUCCUCCGACUCAGUUGGAUCCAACGGACACGAGGUCAUUUCCAUCCCCGCAUGCGCUUGCCCUUGAAGCGCAGCAAGACGACCCGCGCCUGGACGGGACCCGUGGAGUUGCACCUUGGGAUCUACGUCGUGGGCCCUGGCGAUUGUGGCCCCGAACCGAGCUGGAUGACAAGCGUGGGGCAGCUCCGUUGGGAUCUUCUCACGAAGCCCAACUUGAGCAAGAAGCGACAGGUCCGUGAACUGCCAAGCAGCGCUUGCUUGGAGUUUACCAUGGUGGCCCUAUGGGACCUUGUGAUCCCGGAUUGGAAGGCUCUCUCGGUCGAUGAUUUGUUGGUGGAUCUCCACUUUCUGGUGGAGGCACGGGGCGAUGUGGACGAACUGGUGCUCCUGGAAGAAUCUAUGGAGGUGAUGCAGGCUUCCUCCAAGUGGCGAGAGAUGUAUCCAGCACCGGACAGUAAGGUUUGCCUUCAGCUUCCCAGGACACACUGCUUGAACCUGGAGCUUCCAGUGAAUUGCGACUCAGCUUGGCUCCAGAUACAGGUCUUGGUGCGAAAAUCUGGCAGCCUUGAAAAGGUCCUAGAGGCCGAGGCAACUGUGCCACUGCAGCGGGGCGGAUGGCCUGAGGCAGUGUUGGACGAGAGAAACGCGGUUGCACUGUCGCCUCUGGAAGAUUUCGCGUCUGGACGCUUUGCUCAGGUGCCACUGUUCGCUGAACAUUCUCGCGCUGCUGGCAUGGAAGGAGUUGACGCCUUCGCGAUCCCAGGUUCGGUGGGUUCCAUGAAAUGCGGCUACCGCCUCUCAGGGAGAGCAAAGGAGAAGCCAGCGAAAGCCGAGUUGCUGGAGGACCUGCAAAGCACCGAGGAGGAAACGGAAGUGCUGCCGGAGCCGGAGGAGGAAAAGACACAACGCAAAGAAGCUGCAGCUCACACCCAUGACCAUGGCUACAGAAAGUGGGAAACCUUUGUCCAGGAGAUGGAAGCAAAACCGAAACGUUCAGCUCCCGCGUGCGAGAUGUUGCCAGAGGAGGUUGAGGAGUCAGAUGUCGAAGAGUCAUGGAAGGACCUGCUUCCCUCAGCGCCCAGCGUCACCCAGCUGGCAGAGUUGAAGGACGUCACGGGUGCCCACUGCAUGCUGCAUUUCUACGUGCAUGACGCGCAGCUGCUUCAAGAAACCCAAGGCGAGCUUGAAUUGGAGGUCUUGCUGGGACAGAAUGUCGCCUUUCAUCUCAGCCAAGGCAGCGGCUCGUCCUUUCAACGCCAGUUUCGCAUCAAGAAGGAACUGCCCAUCGAGUUACCACGGCACAGUCGCUUGCAGUUGCGCCUUCGGAACUCCUCACAGGUCCUGGGUUCCACGCUGGUAGAUUUGCAGGACAGGCAACUCGUGGAGACCUUGCGGGAGAAGGCGGAGCUGGCCGAAUGCCGUCAGCUCUGGUCGCAGCAGCUGCGCUGCGUCGGCUCGCUGCAAAUGUGGGUUUGCUUGACUCCCCUGCAGGCGACGCUUGAGCUCGAGAAAGAUCUUUGGCCACUUCCUUAUCGGCAAGAUCGAGUAGAAUUGCGUGUUAUUUUGCACGAGGUCCUUUUUUCGAUGGCCAGCACAGCCAAAGAGGCUGUGGCAGCUGUUGAACUUGACAUGCCCGUGGAGCGGCUUCAUCGUUGUCGACUUCCUUCUCCCCAGUACAGUGAUGUGCGGCCGUUGUGUCUCCGCGGCGCCAAAGCCGGGAUAAGCUUUGAAUGGCGAUGUUCUUUUUCUCUCACGAUGCUGCUCUCAAGUACGCAGAAAAUCCUCGUGAUCAGCAUCUUCGAGCCAAAAACCUGGCAGCUUCUUGGUACGGCGGAGUUUCUCCUGGAUGGUGUCCUGUCGCAGGUGUCCGAGCUCAGUGGUCGGCAGGAUCUCGACGACAUCCCGGUCUUGACCCGCAACCACGCUGGAGUCUGUGGUUCCCUGAGCCUUACGGUCCGGGCGGUCCCUUGGAGCCUGGCUCAGGACUUUCCACUUCAAGCAGGUCGAGAGCCCUUUGCGGUGCCGUCCUUCGAAAACCGAGACCCUCGCUCUGUGCUGGAGGAUCUCUGUGCUGAACGCCUGGUGUGUGAUCCACCGACGAGGAGCUCCAAGGCCAUCCGGCCACCCAUCUGCCGCCGACAGAUCCGACGUCGCCAACGCCGGAGAUGGCGCUGGGCGGCUUUGGCUGCGUUGGCCGCCGCGACCGUAAGCGCCUUGCGCAAGGAACUCAUGCCGCGCGGACGGAGUUCGUCCAACUUGUGCCAACGCCAAAAAAUGGGCACUGCAUGUGCUGUACAGUUCCAGUAA